UAUACAUUAUAAAAAAAAAAAAAAAUACCAUCGCACAGAGGCCCGACAUCGUGUGUCGGUAAAAGAGCGUCGUCGUGCAGCGAGCGAGCGAGCGAGUUUGUUCACUCCGCUGCAACACAGCACGGUGUGUGUUAUAUACCACCUAUAAACCUUUUACUAUACAUAAAGCCCUACAGCAGCAGCAGAGGAGCCUGCGAAUAUAUAGUAGUGUGUGCGUGAAUACGACGACGGCGAGCCUACUACAUAAGUGUGUGUGCCGUGUUCGUGUUCCGUGUGUGUGUUUCUCUCUUGGUGCCUCUCUGUUGUAUAGUAUAGCAGCAGCGGCCGCACCGAAAGCGACGCGCCGCGCCUUUCUCUCUCGUUUUUCACUACAUGUAUAUAAUAAGAUAUAUAUAAAAUAAUAUAAUAAGACGAGAGGAGGCACAUUUUAUUUAUACGCAAAGAUAGAUGUUGAAGUGCAGAGUCUCUAGACGUGUUUGUAUCUCUACAUGUGAAAGUGUUUUGUGUUUUUGAAGAAUCAUCUGUCCGUCGUUUUUCUUCACACAACACGACUUUCGACGCAGUGUCCCCCCACAAGGAGAGAGGCGCGGCAAAAUUUGAUCGAUGCCAAUUGAGCAGCGCGAACGACAACCGCAGCAGCAGCAGAAAGGGCUGACGACGUUACAGGAAGGAUAAUAUUGAUACACAAAAGUAUAUAAAAAAUCGGAGCCGACGCUCGCGGAGCGAGCCAAGACAGAUCAUACAGCCGAGUGAGAGAAGAGCUUUUACGGUAACACACACAUAAACGCUCGAAAAUGCUCAAGUUCAUCAGAGGAAAGGGUCAACAGCCCGCGGCCGAGAGGCAGAAGCUGCAGAAGGACCUGUUCGCUUUUCGCAAGACGGUUCAGCAUGGCUUCCCAAACAAGCCAACGGCCAUCGCAUGGGAUCCGAGUCUCAGGCUCAUGAUAAUCGGCACGGCCUCCGGAGCCAUCAAAGUUUUUGGCAGGCCUGGAGUCGAAUUUUACGGACAGCACUCGGGCGAGAGCGGCGAAGUCGCCGUGACCAAAAUCAUCGCACUGCCUAAUGAGGGCCGUGUUAUAUCGCAAUGCGAGGAUAAUUCGUUGCAUCUAUGGGAAAUAAACGAAAACUCCGUGAUCGAAACGAAGUCGCUCCACAACGAGGGCAAGCUGAAAAAAAUAUCAGCCAUGUGCUUGGAGUCGAACGGCGAUCAUCUGCUGCUGGGUACCGAGGGCGGCAACAUCUAUCUGCUGAAUCUCAAGACCUUCACGAUGUCCGACCAGAUCAUCUAUCAGGACGUCGUUAUGCAAAACGUGCCGAAAGACUUCAAAGUCAAUCCCGGCGCGGUCGAGGGUAUCGCCGAGCAACCUGGCCAUCCGGACAACAUCCUCAUUGCCUAUCAGCGCGGCUUGAUGGUGCUCUGGAACAAAGCCACACCCGGUGCUCAACAGCUCAUGGGUUUGUUUUCGCGUGCACAGACGUUUAUCUCCCAGCAGCAGCUCGAAUCGGUCCACUGGGUGUCCGAGACGCGCUUCGUCUUCUCGCACAACGACGGCAGCUACGCCUUCGCGACGCCAGGCAGCGAGCAGAUACAGGCGCCGCAGACGCCCUACGGACCAUAUCCUUGCAAAUCGAUUAGAAAAAUCAUAGUCCAUCCCAUGGCAGACGGCGACGAGCUCAUUAUUUUCUCGGGCGGUAUGCUUCGCGGGCAUCACGGCGAUCGCCAGACCAUCACCGUGAAGAAGGAGAGCCCCGUCGAGGAGGAAGAGUCGGACAAGAAAAAAGCGAAAAAGCCCCACGUCACGUUCGAUUUCACCUCGAAGGUCAUUGAUUUCUUCACGAUAAUGCCGAAGCAGAAACAGGACAACGAUGACGGCGAGAACGAGGAGAAGCCGAAGAACAAAGUGUUGGAGCCCGAGGCUCUCGUCAUCUUGGCCGAGGAAGAGAUCGUCGCCAUCGAUCUUACCGAUCCCGAUUGGAAGAUGAUGUCACUGCCUUACCUCGUGUCGCUGCACGCCAGUGCCGUAACCUGCUCUCAACACGUGCCCAAUGUACCGGAAGAGUUAUGGAACGCCCUCGAAGCCGCCGGAAAAGCUCAAACCGGUCACUUGUACUCCGAUAAACCGUGGCCCAUCGACGGUGGCGUGUUGCUCUGCAAGAAACCCGCCGAUCCCGAAAAGCCGAAAUCCCGCGAACUUCUGCUAACCGGACACGAGGACGGCACCGUACGUUUCUGGAACGCGUCGGACGUGUCGCUCACGCCGCUCUACAAGUACAACUCGUCCGUUUUGUUCACGGGCGAGCACCUCUUCGCGCUCGAGCCGCCCGCAGAGGACGAGGACGAGGACGAAUUUCCGCCGUUCCGCAAAGUCGGCAGCUUCGAUCCUUACUCCGACGAUCCUCGCUUGGCCGUGAAGAAGGUCUUGCUCUGUCCGCAGUCGUCGACUCUGAUAGUCGCUGGCACCGCGGGACACGUAAUCGUGGCCAAAGUGGUCGCCGAGGAGGCCAAGGACGUCAUGACCAAGGCAACAUCCAUGAACAUCGUCAACGAUCGCGACGGUUUUGUCUGGAAGGGCUACGAUCAGUUGCCCGUGCGCAACGAAAAGAUCGAUUAUCCGGCUGGUAGUUUUCAUCCGCAGAGCUUGCUCCAGAUACACCCACCGGCGGCUGUCACGGCUCUGGCCAUGCACAGCGAGUGGGGUCUGUUGGCGGCCGGCACAGCCCAUGGACUCGCCGUGUUCGACUACGUUAGGAACAAAGCAGUCUCGGUCAAGUGCACUCUGAAUCCUAACGAUCUUUCUGGUGCCGGAGACACGCCGAUUUCUCGCAGGAAAUCGUUCAAAAAGUCUCUCAGAGAGUCAUUCAGACGAUUGAGGAAAGGUAGAUCUCAGCGCAGAGCAACGACAACGACUGGAAACAGUCCUCCUCGUGCAGGAGCGCCUGCGGAACCGAAAAAGAAAGAAACACCCAGUUUACCAUCUUCCCCGAGCGGUGAUCCCGCUGUAGAUGUAAAACCAGUUGAACGACAAAUCGAAGCUAGACCAGUUGACGAUGCUCUGGGUUCUAUGGUCAGAUGUCUUUAUUUCGCAAGAAGUUAUAUUAUAAGCAUGCAAAAUACGACGCCAACUCUGUGGGCGGGUACGAAUAACGGUACAGUAUACGUGUUCACGCUGGGCAUACCGGCCGGAGUUCGACGCACCGAGGAGGACGUCAUUUGCACGCUCGGCAAAGAGAUCCAACUGAAACAUAGAGCACCCGUCAUUGCGAUCAAUAUACUCGACGGCUCGAACAUACCCCUGCCCGAGCCCUUCGAAGCCGAAAAGGGCGUGUGUGCGGGUCCCGACAUGGCCUCGCCACAUCGCGUCGUUAUCGCCAGCGAGGAGCAGUUCAAAAUUUUCAAUCUGCCGUCGCUCAAGCCUUUCUGCAAGUACAAGCUCACGGCGCACGAAGGAUCGCGCGUACGUAAAACCGGCUUCGCCAAAUUCACGUGUCCCGUCGAGCCCUCGGGGGUUCAUGAAGAGACGUGCCUGCUCUGCCUGACGAAUCUUGGCGAAUGUAUCGUUCUCAGUAUUCCCGAACUUAGAAGGCAACUCAAUGCUGCUACUAUUAAGCGCGAGGAUAUAAACGGUAUCUCCUCCUUGACCUUCACAAAAUCUGGCGAAGCCUUUUAUCUACACUCGUCGUCCGAGCUCCAGCGUAUCUCCUUGUCAGCGUCGAAAGUAACGAAAGCGCACUGUGCGCUGAAUCUUCCACCAAAUGCGAGAACAGUAGAACCAGAAAUUCCAACCAUUGAAAUUGAUCAGCCAGAAGAAGAGGCGCCCGCUGUCGAAACUGAAACCGUGGAAACUAAAGUCGAGGAACCCGUCGUGGUGGAAAAAGAACCGGUGACGGUACCUAAGGUUAUUAAUGAAAAUGGUGUUGCUUCAAAAAAAAUAGCAUUCCUGACGACGUAUAUUUCAGCAAAUGGAGAAGAAUCACCUAAGAUGAAACCAGCAGCGAGUACCACAGAUAUCAAUGGCGAUGAUGACAAACAAGAUCUCAGCUCGCUGGGCGACAUCACCAUUGAUAGUGUUAAAGAUCACUUACUUAACAGUUCACUGUUCAAAAACGUCGGAUCAUCCGAGGACUUGCAUAGCCGUUUGGCUGGCCUUAAGAUGGAAGUAACAUCACGCACUUCUGAAAUAUCGACACAGAAUCAACAGGUAGUCGUUAAAACGACGACUGUUAUAUCGCAGCAAGCUGCAACUAAUGGAAUCACAACCAAUGGUGACGUCGAGACAACUGAAACUCAGCAUCAUAACGCUUCAGAGGAACUUAAUAGCACUACAGUAGAAAAAGAGCUGACCACUGGUACAGAAACUACAACAACGCAUGCUACAAUCACGUUACCUCCUGGCGUUGAGCUUAGUGCAGCCGACUUGGAAAACUUCGAAAUAACUACCACAACGGUGACAACUGAAAAGUCAAAAGCACCCUUAGCUAGACCAGAAGAGGUUGGAUCGUAAAUUAAUUAAAUAAAGAAAUUUUGAUGAAUGAUUCCAAGAAAAGACUAAACAAUUUAAAAAGAGACGACUAUAUAAUAGAUUUAAUGUAUGUAAAAGAAUAUGCAAAUAGAUUUUUAUGUGAAUUAUUAAAAAAUAAUAAUUUUUAAGUGCUGAUAAUGAUUAAGCAUAAACUUAACUGCCCAAGCUGAAGUGCUACAGUGAUCAAAGUGUAUCGAGAAUUAUAAUGAAAAUAUUAUAAAAUUGUGGAUACAUACCUAGCAUGUAAAGCGAGUAUUCACACGUUUUUUUUGUCCAUUGCAUUUGUGUACGUCCAUGCUUGAUAGCAAUUAGUUUUUAAAAUUUUUGCACGCUAAAAUGAUUUUACUUUGAUUGAUGAAUUCUUCGAUCGUAAUGUUAGUUUCAAGCAAUUAAUGAUAUAUAUUUAUGAGCUAUAAUUUAUAUCGUAACGUUUCAUAUGAAAAAUAAUAGUUUUUAAGGAGUGACAUCGAAUUUGUGUGAAAAUAACUCUGUUAUUGACAAUUUUAGUAUAAGUAGUACAAUACUGCAUUUUAAAAAAAAUAGAUACAUGGAAUUUCAUAUUCAAAAAUAUUUGCUUAAUAUGGUACUAUAAAAGAUGUAUGUUUACUUAAGUUGGUAACAAAUAGAUGUAUUGUUAAUGAUGUGUGAAUAACUCUUAUUUUAAUGUGAAAGAAUUUUCGUUUUUAUAUAAAAUUUUACACAGAAACAACUUA